AGUAAACGUAAACACGUACGUGCCGGGUGGACCGUUAGCUGGUUCAUAUAAAAGUGAAACCCCACCCGUCUGGGCAGCACUCCGCGCCCACACGUCAUGAGGCCGCACGCGUACAUCGUCCUCCUGCUCGCGGUACACGCCCGCGCAGCUACCAUUCAAAACCCUACAGCCCCUGAACUCCAGAAAAAACUACCUGAAGAACCACCCAAGGAAGCAUCACCUCUAGAUAACGUUUCCAGCGAACAAGAACUCUUAGAUUCGGCUAACACUAUCAAGGAUGUUGAAAAUAACCUCCGCGUGAAAGCUAUAGAUAGCAUUCCCGUAAAAGUUAUCGUUGAGAACGCCGAUGAUGACACUUCCGAUGUGAAGAGAGUAGAAGUAGACUUGGAACAUCCCGGCGAACCACAGCGUCAGGAACACGACACUCAGAGUCCAGUGAGCUACAGCCAUGAACAACAAAUCGUCUCUACAGUAAAACAAACUAUAAGUGAUACGCAGUCCGCUCUAAAACAAGGUUUCCAAGGAGUAACUCAAGGACUUCAGGACUGGAUCGCCAACAAUGAGCAGCUUAAUUCCAUUCAACAAAACAUUCAAGGUCUCCAACAGAGCUUUACCAAUCAAAUUAAUAAACUGAAUGAAACUCUUCAAUCGUAUUUGAAUAAUCAGGGAUCUGCGAAUAUAGUUCAAUCGGAUAAUAAAAAUAAGCCUGAGUUCGACAAUGUUGAAAAUAAUUUAAAGUCUUUGGAGGACAACUUCAAGAUAGGUGUAAAAGCUCUGUCUGAAGGAGUGCAAAUUUUCGCAAGUCUAAGAGAUGACGAAAAACCAACUCCUCCUCCCAACAAUCUCUUCCUACAAUAUUUGCAACUCUUCCAACAAACUGUUUCACAAGGAUUCAGCAAUGUUACACAGGCUAUUCAAAGCUAUGUAGGUCAAAAUAAUCCAAAUAACACCGCAGCCAACGGUGGCAUCUUCCAAGGCUUGAAUAAUGGUAUCCAGAAUAUUUUUAGUCAAGGAGGAUCUACUGCUGCCCCUGGAGCUCAAUCUGACGAACCAGUAACACAGAAACCUACAAUAUGGCAAGGCAUCCAGUCCUCAAUUCAGAACAUUCUGAACCCGGGCCAAAAUCAAGCAAGUCCGUCAGACCAAGUUGGACAAGCACCGUCCGGUCCGAGUGGGCCUAUUGCGCAAGCGAUUCAAAACAACCCCUUCGUACAAGGGGUCGUCAAUUUGAUACAGCCCAAUAAGCCAGCAGCUCAACAGCCUCAGCCUGAAAAGCCAGCAGCUCAACAGCCUAAGCCUGAAAAGCCAGCAGCCGCCGCUCCACCGACACCGGAAGGUAGUAAUGUCGUUCCUGCGGCAUCAUCAGAAAGCAAACCUGACGCAGAUCAGCAACAGCCGGCUAAAGCGACUGAACAACAAGCAGUCCCAAACAAUAAUGGGCCGAUUAAGAAUAUUAUCCAGAACAAUCCGAUCGUCCAAGGCAUCUCGGGUGCCGUGCAAAGACUGCAGUCUUCUAUUAACGGUGGUAAUCCUGAGAAACCCAGAGACGCGGUCGUCGGGGAGCAGGCUGUGAAGAGUGAUGACACUCAAGGCAAAGGGCACCAUGGCGCGUCAGCAACAGUGACGGCUUGGAGCAAUUUUGUCAACAGUCUGAUAGGUACUAUCGCGGCUGCUAUCAAUGGAACCGCUGCCACCGUGGGCUCCACGGUGAAUGGAGCCAUCAACACUUUAGGCACCAACAUACAGGUAUCCCGGUGGACUACGGGAAUGUGUGCUUUGUGUGUGUUGGAUGGUGGUAGCUUUUAAAAUGCAUAUAUAAACUUUCUGGUUCUGCUCGUACUUACUUUGUAAUAAUAUGUGUUAUUCGUGUUUCACAGUAAAGACUCGUGCUUUUAUCUCAAAGCAAAGAUUAAUUUAUUUAAGAGUGAAGCCGCAUUCACUGCGAGAUAUGAGUUUGAAAAUAUUCACAAAUUUAAAAAAUCAAUAUUAAGGUGUAAUUAUUUUCGGAGACAAUCAUACUAGCAAAUAAAACAUGGUACAUGUGUAGUUAUAGUGAAUCGUACUAUCAGUAAAAAAAUAUGGAGACACAAAUAAUACGUGUAUGAGUAUUAUUUGUAUCUUCACACCUACUUUCAAAUAUCAAAUAAAAACUUAAGUAUAUUAUUUAUAUAGGUAUUAACAAUCUCAAAAAGUGGUUCUUAAUAUAGAGUAAAUUAUACCUUUUCACCCGCCUAUGAAGUAGCUUCGCGUAGGUGAAAGAAGUUUCAUCAUCAGAUCGGCAUUUCCAAAGAUUACUCCCUACAAACAAAUGUAGUUAAAUACUUUACUUCUUUAUAAUAUUAGUAUAAAUUUAUAACUUAUUUGUAUGUGUGUAUGUUUUGUAUGUAUUAUCAAUAACACACUUCCACAAGUUAACUAAAAUUAGGCAUAAUAAUUAUGGAUAACAUAAAUAACUGACGAUCCGUUACGUUACACAAUGUUUUAAUUAACUAACCAAUAGAAUUAUGUUAGUAAGUCAAACACAAGUAGAUUGUUAGUACUAUCGAUCACGCAACCAUUCUACUACAUAUUCAGAACUUAGAGAGUAUAUUCUAUAAGUACUAAUCAGAAAAGUAAGGGAGGACU